UCUCUCUGUUAUCAGCCCAGCAAGUACAAAAUUUUAAUCACACUGUGAGUUAGAAGAGGGAAAGAUUACCAGUAAAUUUCCUGUUAAUUCAUUCAAAAGCCAACAUAUGGACUUCCCUUUUCCUCAAUAUCCAUGGAAUGUAUCGUCUCGCCCUCGCUACGGGAGAGGCUUCAGAGGGGUCCCGGUUCAGGUCAUGCCCGAAGCCUCGCCGGUCCAAUCUUUGAAGCCCAAUACGGUAUCCAUCCCCGUCCGCUUUCUCUCUUCGGAGCGGGGCAGAUCCGACUCGGCAAUCAAGAUCCAGAAGGUGUUUAGAGGAUUUCUUGUGCGAAAAAACGUGAAGAAGAUCAUGGCAACAAGGGAGGAAGUGAAUGAAAUCGAGCGUAGUGUUCUCCAGAAAGAGAGAAUGGAUUUGAUUCGGAGUGAUUCAAAGGAGAGAUUGAAAGUGAACGAGAUUCUGAUGAGCUUGCUUUUUAAAUUGGAUUCCGUGAGUGGAGUGGAUUCUCGCGUUAGGGAUUUGAGGAAAUCCGUUAUUAAGAAGGCGAUUACUUUGCAAGAGCUUGUUGACGCCAUUGUUUCCGGUGAUCAGUCCGUGAAAUCAAGCAAUGCCGAGGUUGUGGAUCAAAGGCAAGAUAAUAUCGAUUCUUCUGAUAAUUGCAUUCAACCUCUGGAGUCGGAAAAUCUCGAGGAAACAAUCAAUGACGCUGAACACUUGCCUGAUUCGUGUGAAUCGGAACGAACUGCCGCUGCUGCAAUUCAAGGGAAUGAGGAGGAAGCGUCAGAAACUAGUCGAGUCGAUUCCUUUGCCAAUCAUGAGAAUACAAUUGAAGAAGAGGAUGAAAAUGAGAAGGAAGAGAAAGGAAAUGUUGGCGGGGAAGAAAGUGGGAGGAAGGAGAUGAUGUUAGAGAGGAUAAUGGAGGAUAACGAGAAGAUGAUGAGGUUGAUAGAGAAGUUGUCGGAGAGGAACGAAACGCAGACUCGGAUGCUGUGCGCGUUGACCCAAAGGGUGGAGCAGCUUGAGAAGGCAUUCUUGUGUGACAAAUUGAGGAGUAAGAAACGGAGAAACGACGAUAAAUCGCAGGAUACCGAAAAGUUUGGAGGGAAGAGAUAGAUGUUUGAAUUGGAUCUUCUACUUUUUUUAAAAAAUUUCUUUUAUGUUGUGUUGCUAUCAGGAAUUAUCAGCAAUAGUUCCACUUUCGGUGUUUUGAGAUUCAGUCACACCUGUGUAUUUGUUGAUGAAAUCACAUGUUAAAGUAUGAAUUUAA